UCAAAGUCCCUCCUGUGAAACUCGGUACUGGAGAUUGCUCAUGGCGGAGGAGCUGCGCCUGUUAUAUGAAUGAGUGAACUGCGGCUGAUGACUUACGAAUCUAUGCGUGUGUUGUGGCUGAAGCAAGCAAGUAGGCAAGUAAAUACGCUGAAGUUGCUCAUUGGCCAGCGCCAGUGGAGGCGGUCGGAAUCUUGGCGCAGGCCCACCGCUAACUACGCAGCGAUUUUUUGCCAGCAGAUGAAGUCCUGCACGCGACUUCGCGAAACGGACUGCUCCCGACCCCAUUCCGAGUUACAUCGUCGGUCCAGGCGGAGGAAGUAGGUCGAGUGCCAUAAGUUUGCCAAUUCCGACAUCAUGGCGGACGACCUAGAGGAGCGCUUGAGGAGCCAUGCCCGCGCAUUUGAGGGCUUAAUGUCUAUUCUCCCAGCAGAGACAUAUUAUGGGAAGGACGACAGCAUUACAAGUACACAAUGGCAGCAGAAGAAGCAGAGCAAAGCCGAGAAACGAGCUGCGAAGAAAGCGAGGCUGGAUCCAGCUUCUCAUAAGACAGCUAUGGAUGUUUUAGACGAAGCUGCGCGGAAACGGAAACGGGAAGAGGAGGGCGAGGACUCGUCGAGCAUCGACCUGGACAUUGAGAUGGAGAAGCCAUAUGAAGGCUUGAAGAGAAAGAAGCCGAAGACUACUAAGGAGAAUGAGAAGCCUGCUAAAGAGGGGAAAUCACCGAACGCUGCGCAAAGCGAGCCACAAUCUGCAAGGGCCAAAGCUAAAGCCGAAAAGAGGCAGCAGAAACGGGAGAAACGGAAAGAGAAGAUGGCGCAAAAGAAGCUGAAAGAACAGAACAAAAGUGCGCUGCAGAACGAGUUUAGCACAAGUCUGCACGAUAAGGAAGAAGCGGAGGACGAAGCAGAGGAGGACGAAGCAGAAGAGGCCGACGAGGCAACCUUUGAUCAUCAGGACGGCGAGCGGAUAAAUGCUUUGGACGUAUCCGGGCUCGUGGAAGACACUGCGACUCCCUCAUCGGCACAGUCCAAUGCCUCCACCGGUUCAGUGGUGUCAGCCGCAUCUUCCAUGUCCUCUACAGCACCAGGUAUUGCCGACGAUAGCUCUGCGGAGAAAGAGAAAGAGAAAGAAAGCAAGUUUCGAUACGACCCUGAAAAGCACAAUGAGUAUCGCGCGCGUCUUCACGCAAAACUGGAAGCCCUUCGCGCCGCAAGAAAAGCCGACGGCCCCGAUGGUCGUCCUGCAAAGAACCGUGCAGAGCUGAUUGAAGCCCGCCGCAGGAAGGAAGCCGAGCGCAAGGCUGCUAGGAAGGCUAAUCGUCAGCUCGCCAAGGACGAGGAAGAACGUUUGAAGGCUGAGGAGCAGCUUGCGCGGAUAAGGGGCGGUUCCGGUUCCCCUUCUAUAUUCCCUCGUGCGACACCUGAGCAGGAACCCAAUCUCGCUUUCGCUAAAGUAGCGUGGAAGGACGGGAAACAGAUGGAUGAGAAAUUAUCAGGGUUCCUAGAUCCGCGAAAGAAGAAGGGAAAGUCCGAUGUGAAGACAGCACUUGAGGCAGCGGAGAAGAAGAGGGCUCGCCUCAGCGCACUAGACGAGGCGAAGCGCAAGGAUAUCGAGGAGAAGGAUGCCUGGCUCAACGCGAAGAAGCGGGCUCAGGGUGAGAAGGUGCAUGAUGACCCCGCAUUGCUGCGGAAGAGUGUAAAGAGGCUGGAGAAGCAGAAGGCAAAGAGCAAGCAGGAGUGGAAGGAUCGUCUCACAAGCGUGCAGAAGAGCCAGGAAGCGAGACAGAAGAAGAGGGAGGCGAAUCUCAAGAAGCGGAAGGAGGAAAAGGGGAAUAAGGGGAGCAAGGGGAAGGGUAAGAAGCCGGCUAAGAAGGUGAAGAAGAGACCUGGCUUUGAGGGAACGUUUAAGGCGAGAUAGGACAAUGGGAAGUGGAUGAGAUCAAAAGGGCGGGUUUCCAGGUUUCUUCUCAUAGUAUAGCGUCUGUUGGGAGUCCGGCGCGUGGAUUUCGGAAUCGUUGCAUUUCCGGUGCCGUAUAGGAUAUGUAUAGCCAGUUGAGUCGAUUCACUUUUAUCAAAUGUAUAUCGCUCUCAUUCAUAGUUGAUGAAACAUUCAUAUUGCUAUCGAGAGAGAAGCGGGCAGCCUCUUAGAU